AUGAAGUUGCUUCCACUCCUGAUCCUAUUCACAACAAUUUUAUUCCUAAGUGCUGAGUCAGUUGCUGCCCUCAGAGGAUCAGAGAAAAAACGCAUCAAACGCCAGUACUACGGAUACAGCUAUCCAUCUUAUCAGUCUUACGGAUACAAUUAUCCAUCUUAUCAAUCUGGCAUCAAUCCACUCGGUUUGCUAAGGCGAGCAGCUUCGAUGAGCUUCUUCCCAAGUGGUGGAUGGUGGGGUCGUAAUCGCAAUGGUAAAUAG